AUCAUCACCAUCAUCUCGCCCGCCCUGUUCCUCAUGGACCUUUAUCUUCUUUUUCAUAGCGUGGUGAUGCAUAUCUCUGCCGCAAUUAUCAUCUUGAUAUACAUCCCACUCUCUAUACCGGUGAAGCUGUUCAUGUGGGCGUUCGUGAAACCGCUGAGGAAGGAGGACCUGAGAGGCAAGGUCGUGCUCAUCACAGGCGCCUCCUCCGGCAUCGGCGAGGAGCUUGCGUACCAGUACGCGAAGAAAGGCGCGUGCCUUUCGCUGGUGGCCCGGAGGAAACAAGCGCUGGAGGGCGUCGCAGCGGCCGCCCUGGAACGUGGUGCGCCGGACGUUCUGGUCAUUCCGGCCGACGUCUCGGACGCGGAGCAAUCGAGGCGCGCCGUCGAGGCCACCGUCGCUCACUUCGGCAAACUGAACCAUCUAGUUGCCAAUGCCGGGGUCUGGUCCAGCUGCUUCUUCGACGAAGUCACCAAUAUAACUGGGUUCAACAAAAUGAUGGAUGUCAACUUCUGGGGCUCUGUCUACCCAACCUACUAUGCCCUGCCACACCUGAAGGCGAGCAAAGGAAAACUCAUCGUGUCUUCCUCCACAGCCGCGACGGCGCCUACAUCUAGGAUGACCUUGUACAAUGCUAGCAAGGCAGCACAGCUCAGGUUCUACGAGACACUGAGAUCCGAGCUUGGCUCGGAGGUUGGGGUGACUAUACUGACGGCCGGAUUCGUGGAGUCUGAGAUGACCAAAGGCAAGGCCAUCCAGAAAGACGGCAACGUCGCCAUUGACCUGGAGGCCAGAGAUGUGCAGAUCGGGGUGUUCCCAGUGGCCCGUGUCGAGAAGCUGUGCAAGGUAGCCUUGGACGGCAUCCAGAGAGGGGACUGGUACGUGACAUGGCCGUCGCUCUACCGGCCGAUACCGCUCAUCGCCUGCCUCGCCCCCGAGGUGCUCACCUGGCAGUCCUACGCGCUGUACAACGCCAGACAGGGGAAGCCGCCGCUGAGCCAGAGAAUGCUGGACGCCACCGGAGCCAAGCGCUUCUACCCACCGUCGCUUCGGCAUCAUCCAGGUAUCAAGACGGAGGGGACUCAUCACAAACGAGAUAUCGAUGCAGCGUCUAAUGUGUAGCAAGUUCUGAUCACAAGUGUUUUCUGUGUGAGGGCUGCAAAGGGCCGUGUGCCAACUUCAGUAUAAGAGUGAGUGAUGUCUUGUGGCCAAAGAGAUCCUUAACUAAUUUGGUUGUUGUUGUAGUUAUUUAUGUAAUUGUUGGCAUUCAGAAAUGUCUCGAAGUGGUUCAUAGGCAUUCUCAACAAGUUAUAUUAGAAAUUCAGCAAGUGAAA